GUGAAUAUAUAAAGCCAAAGAGCACCAUGCAGAUCUUCGUCCAAGGCUUGGGCGGCGGCCACUUCGCCGUGGACGUGAGCUCCCUCCGGGACUACCGAGUUUCGACGCUCAGAUCGGCGGUGGAAGGACUCUCGGGCGUUCCCUCCCACCUCCAGCGGCUCACCUCCGGAGCGAAGGACCUGGCCUCGCCCUCCGCCAGCCUCGACGACUAUGGUAUCGAGCACGGCUGCACGGUGCGGCUGUCCCUGCGGCUCCUCGGCGGCAUCGACUUCCAGCACCGAGAGGGUUCCAAGUUCGGGGGCGGCGGGGUCAUGUCCGAGGGCCAGGCGGCCGUGGACCGCAGGGAGAGACUGAGAAAGCUGGCCCAGGAGACGGUGGACCUGAACAAGGACCCGUACUUCAUGCGGAACCACCUGGGCAAGUACGAGUGCAAGCUAUGCCUGACCCUGCACAACAACGAGGGGAAUUACCUGGCCCACACCCAGGGCAAGCGGCACCAGCAGAACCUGGCGAGACGGGCGGCGAUGGAGGCGAAGAACGCCCUGACGCGCAACGUGAUCAAGAUCGGCCGUCCGGGGUACAAGGUCACCAAGGCAAGAGAUCUUUCUAGCAACCAGCGAAGCCUGCUGUUCGAGGUCGACUACCCGGAGGCGGAAGACGGGGCGCAGCCUCGACACCGGUUCAUGUCGGCGUAUGAACAGAAGGUCGAGGCCCCCGACAAGGGAUACCAGGUGCGAUGA